AUGGAGUCUCGUCUUGAGCCGUUGGAUCCUAGUGACCACAACUCUACCUAUACUGCAGCGGCCGGCCUCUUCAUCCGGCGAUACUGGCUGAUACUCGGACCUCUGCUUCUCCUCCUCAAUGCCAUCCGGACUCGAUACCUGUUGCCCCUCCGCCGGUAUCCCGGACCGUUCCUCGCUUCGACCACCCGCCUCUGGAAGGUCUUGUCCACCGCCUCCCGGAAAACGCACCUUCAUCACAUCGCCCUGCACCGCAAGUAUGGCCCCGUCGUGCGCAUCGCACCCAACGAGGUGUCCAUUGCCUCGCCCGAGGCGGCGAGAACCGUGCUGAGCGCCGGCAAGCGCUUCUACAAAACGGCGUUCUACGCCGUGUUCCCGCCGCCCGAGAACCCGGACAUCUUCACCGAGGUCGACGAGGAGGCGCACGCCCGGAAGAAGAAGGUCGCCAACGUCCCCUACAGCAUGGCGGCCAUGCAGCAGCUCGGCCCCUUCAUCGACGACACCAUCGAUCUCCUGGCGGCGAAGCUGGCCGGGUUCGCAACAAAGCGCGUCGAGUGCAAGGCCCGCGGCUCGGUCGACCUCGGCGCCUGGCUGCACUACUUCGCCUUCGACGUCCUCGGCGAGGUCGCCUUCUCGCGGAGCUUCGGGUUCCUGGCCGAGGGCAAGGACGUGGAGGACGCCAUCGCGACCAUCGACCGCUCGCAGGCCUACAACGGCAUCGUCGGACAGGUCCCCUGGGUCGACCGCCUGCUGCGACGGAACCCGCUCUGGAAGCUCGUGCCGACCCUCGACACGAGAAACGCGCCCAUCACCCGGAUCGCGCUGAGCGAGCUGGAGCGCCGGAGACCCUUUGACAAGGAGAGCGAGGGGAAGCUGCGGAACGACGACGGGAGGCAGGACCUGUUGGCGAGUCUGAUCAAGGGGCACUUGAAGACGCCCGAGAAGUUCUCCGAGGGCGACGUGUUUGCGGUCGCCCACGGGGCCAUAUUCGCCGGCUCCGAUUCCACGGCCUCAACUAUGCAGUCCUUGUUCUGGCACGUCUUGUCAUCGCCGCAAGUCCACGCGAGGCUCGUCCAAGAGAUCUCGGGCGCCGUCAUGUCCGGGGCGCUCCCUCCCGCCGGCAACAUCUCCUGGAAGGAAGCCCAGGAGCUGUCAUACUUCCAGGCCUGUCUGAAGGAGGCCAUGCGCGUGCGGCCGGCCGUAGGCCUCAACAUCACCCGCGUGGUCCCGCCCGAGGGCGCCGAGUUGGACGGGCACUUCUUCCCGGGCGGGACCCAGGUGGCGGUCAACGGCUGGGUCCUGCACCGAGACAAGCGGAUCUUUGGCCUGGACGCGGACGAGUUCCGGCCGGAAAGAUGGCUGGUGGACGUCGAAGAAGCGAAGCGGAUGGAGCGCUACAUGUUCCAGUUUGGCGGUGGAAGCCACGUGUGUAUAGGUCGUAACCUGGCUCUGCUAGAGAUCAACAAGGUCGUACCGCGCCUCUUUAGAGAUUUCAAGUUUGAGCUCACUCAUCCAGGACGAGAGUUGAGGGCAAACGCUACUUUCUUCGUUGUUCAAGAAGGCCUAGAAGUGUUUGUGGAUGAAAGAGAGACCGCGUAG